AUGCCGCUUCUGUCGCCUAGUUUUUGUAAGGGGGUCAAACGUCUGUGGGGCUCUUCAAGAAAGAGAAGCCUGACCAAUGAUGUGGUUGCCAAGAUGGGACUGGCCAUCGUGCUACGGGGGGCCAUCCUCCUGAGCCCUCACCCUUUCCUCCCGAAAUGGCUCCCGUAUUGCAGAGGCAACGUCAUCUUGCACACGUACUGUGAGUUCAUGGCCCUGAUGAAACUGACCUGUGUGGACACGGGGGCAGAGAGGGCCUACAGUCUCCUGGUUGCUUUUCUGACUGGGGGGCUGGACUUGGUGUUGAUCAUCGUGUCUUACAUCCUCAUUUUCCAGGCUGUCUUCCAGCUCCCUUCCAAGGAAGCACGGGCCAAAUCUCUUGGCACCUGCGGCUCUCACGCCUGUGUCAUCCUGGUCUUCUACACUCCAGCGUUUUUCUCCUUCUUAACCCACCGGUUUGGUCACGUGGCUGCCCAUGUCCACAUUCUGGUAGCAAAUAUAUACCUGCUCCUUCCACCCAUGAUGAACCCCAUUAUUUAUGGAGUAAGGACCAAGAGGAUCCAGCAGGGUCUCUUCAAGAUC